ACUUCAUUGUGUUACCAUCAUCCAGUGCACGUCUUCAUCGAGGCAACAAAGCUCGGUUUACCAUGCCCAAAGUCCCGAGUACAGGAGUGAUACGAAGUUGUGUUCGGUUUUGGUACCAAAUGACUGGUAUGAGCGUCACCGCUCUCAACCUCUACCAGCGGACGCCUGGAGGAGCUUUGCCACAAUUUUCACUUUGGUCUCAUGCUACCAAACAUGGCAAUGACAGUUGGAGAGUGGGUCAAAGGACGAUAGAUGCCCCAUAUGUGCAUGAGAUUGUCUUCGAAGCUGUUAUGGCCAAAGGAAAUGAGGGCUAUAUUGCAGUGGAUGAUAUCGUUGUGAAAGAGGGAAGCUGUCCACCACCUGGUUCUUGCGAUUUCGAAACUGACCUUUGUACAUGGCAGAAUGCAAAUUCUGAUGUGGACUUGGAAUGGGUGAGAAACACCGGUUCAACUCCAACAGCAAAUACAGGCCCAGAUGUUGACCAUACGCUUGGAACAGAACUAGGUUCAUAUAUAUAUUUGCAAGCUGAUAAUCCUGCUAAAAAGAGGAACCUUAUCGGGAUAUUAAAUUCGGAGUUCUUCAGGGUUUCAAGUGAACGUUGUCUUUCUUUUUGGGCCCAUAUGAGAGGAAGAGAAAUGGGAUCGCUAAUGAUCAACAUUAGUUUCUAUGAUGACAAUCAGUUAAAGAGUAUGAACAAGACGAUUUGGAGUAUUAAAGGAAAUCAGGGUGACAAGUGGUUUUACCGCCUCAUCAACGUUAACAUAUCAAAAGAACAAAUGGAAACUCAGGAUGAGUAUCAAAUUCAUUUCAUUGGCAAAACAAAGGGAGCCUUGAGUGACAUUGCUUUGGACGACAUCGAAGUGACGAACAAAAAGUGCUACGAAGUUCCAGACGAUGCCUUCGAUUGUAGGGAUGGAACCCACGUGAAUGCUAGCAAAGUGUGUGAUUUUGAGCUGGACUGCAUCAAUGGGGAAGACGAAGCCGAUUGCGGAGACUGUGAUUUCGAACACAGUGAUUGCGGAUGGACUGACAGAACUGCUACAGACUUUAAAAAAUGGGAGAGAGCGCAAGGAGUAGAGGGUACCAAGAAGAAUGGACCGGGUUAUGACCAUACUUUUAAUUCAACUGCAGGUUAUUUUAUGUUAGUAAGUGGCCAGUACCAUUCUUGGCAAACCUCUGUGCUUCAGAGCUCGAAGGCUGAGUUCAAAAAAUCUUACGUUUCAUGUAUAAUGAUUUUCUAUUUGUAUGAUAACAUGGCUUCCGGAUCGCUUAGAGUCAAGAAACGACUGGGAAGUUCAACAACGGCAACAGUGUGGGAGAAGAGGUAUAACAAAUAUGAUAACGAGGAAACCUGGAUACAGGAAAGGGUUUAUUUGGGAACAACUGAACGUCCUUUUUAUAUAGAAUUUGAGCAUAACAGCCAAGGCUAUGUACCGUAUGUAGCAAUUGAUGACGUAGUAUUCGAAAGCUGUGGACUGCCGGUGAAACGAGAAAAGUGCAGUAGUAAUGAAUUCCGAUGCAGAAAUGAUCGCUGCAUUUCGAAUUAUUACUUAUGUGAUUUGACAGACGACUGCGGAGACAGAUCAGACGAAGACGUGACGAUGUGUUCCGAGUACCCAAAGCCUUGUACAUUUGAGAAAUUUACUGGAUGUGAAUGGAACGUCCGAGGAAAAAAAUGGAAUAAGUGGACCUACCAAGAUUCUUCAUCUUCAAGAAACUUGGGUUCUUCUGGGCCUCUGGUAGACCACACUAAGGGAAUUGAUCAAAGUGGUAGAUAUUUAAGACUCAAACUUGAUUCUAUAAAGGGCAACACCCAAUCCUUCUACUACAGUCCUAAUUACCAAAUAAUAAAUGGAUCUUACUGCUCCCUGAGGUUCUACUAUUAUAUGCAUAACACAGAUUUUGCAAGCCUGAAAGUGUACACCGAAAUAGAAAAAGAUGGCUGGAACUGGCAACUACGAUUUUCUGAAUUUGGAUCAUAUAGCCAGAAAUGGAAUAGAGCAAUUGUCAAUAUUAGGCAGUCUGAACCUUUUCAUUUUAUUAUAGAAGGAAACCUUGGAAAUUCAUCCACGUCUAUAAUUGCAAUUGAUGAUUUAUCUAUCAGUAACGGCUGCAAAAAUUACACCGAUGAGCUUCCCACACCACUGUCGACACCUCUACCAACUGUAUCCGUUUGCAGUGUGGACCAAUACAAAUGCAGGUCUGGUCUUCCGCUGUGCGUGCCGUUAGAAAAGCAGUGUGAUUUUACUCUCGACUGUUCGGAUGGAUCCGAUGAAGAAAGUUGCGGCCCUUGUACGUUUGAUAAGGACUUUUGUGGCUGGAAAAAUGAAAGUCCAGGAAAAUUUACCUGGAGCAGAAAAAAUGCCUCUAAUAGUAACGACUAUGGUCCUUCAACUGAUCACAAAAAUUCAUCAACUGGUUGGUAUGCGUAUGUUCAACAAGGUUUCGGAUAUUACAGCGAUCCGGCUAUCUUGCAAAGUCCUCCACUGCCGCCAACAUCCAGUCAUUGCGUUAUGGCUUUCUGGCUAUACGUGACCUCAACAGCAGGACAGUUUUAUGUCGAGCAUAAGCUACACAUUUCUAAUUCCCAUCCAUAUAAAAAGGUGUGGACGUUACCUAAUCAAACAGAAGCGAUCUGGCAACUUGUUGAAGUUAGGAUUCCUGAAGCAAAAGAAAAAGGAACUAUUGUUAGAUUUCACAGUGUACCCAACUGGUAUUGGUACACUCAGGAUAAGAACGUUGCCAUAGCGGAAGUGAAAUUCAUGAACUGUAACCCAAAAGAACUCUUGGUUGAUUGUAAUUUCGAUGAUGAUUCUUUCAAUGGAGGAUUGUGUUUUUGGACUCAAGACCCAACGAAAUCUUUUAAAUGGAAACGUGGUAAAGGAUCAACAGAAAUCGAUUUCACAGGUCCAACAUCUGACCACACAACUGGUCAUGGAUAUUACAUGUACAUUGAUCCUCGAGAUGUAACCCCUUAUUCAGAAGCAAGUCUGAGAAGCCCAAUCCUUCCUAUGAAUAUUCCUCAAGGAAGUUGCUUUUCGUUCUGGUAUCAUAUGUAUGGUCGGAAUACCGGCGAACUAAGCAUUAGCACAUUUUGGGUUUGGGGAAAUUACCAUGUAGUAAAGAGGAGAUGGAGAAGAGAGUAUUCUCAAGGGAAUAAAUGGAUUUAUGGGGAGGUGUUCAUUAGCAGCGAUCGAGAUUAUGGAAUAUAUAUAUCUGGACACAGUUCUUGGGGUCAAGAAAAUAAUAUCGCUAUCGAUGACUUGAAAAUGGUGGACAGAGCUUGUACGCAAACGGCUAUUUGCGAUUUCGAAAGUAGUUUUUGUGGCUGGAACAGUACAUACAAAGGCAGCAUUGGAUGGAUACGUUCACAGGGCAACGGUAACUGGAGUGACGCAAAACCUCGAACUGAUCAUACUACUAAUUCUGAACUUGGAUAUUUCAUCUACCUUCCAUAUAAGAGAAGAGGGAACAUAGCUAGACUGGAAAGUCCAAUAUACAGAAACUAUGGUGAUGUUUGUGUAAAAUUCUGGUAUAAUAUGUAUGGUAACGACAUUGGUACUUUAGCUGUAUAUCAGAGGACAAAUCAAGAGACUAGGCUGGAAAAUUUAAAAAGCUUGUGGAAAAGAUCUGGGGAUCAUGCUGGCGUGUGGAAGCUUGGACGCGCAACUAUGGAGUCUCUUCCUGCAUUUUAUAUUGCAUUUGAAGCUGAGACAGGAGUAGGGCCUUUAGGAUACAUUGCACUUGAUGACAUAUAUCUCACGCAUGGAGUGUGCUCUGAUCCUGCAUCUUGUACCUUCGAAAUAGACACCUGCGGUUGGAGCAAUAGUCAUUUUGAUGUCGAUUGGAUAAGGCGAACAGGUGGGGAUCAAAAUAUGGGUUUCGGCCCUUCGGCAGAUCAUACUACAGGAACUGUUAAUGGACAUUACAUGUACGCGUACUUGACAGGAUUGCCUGCUCAGUCUCAAUCCAUGAUCAUUAGCGAAGAUUUGGAAAUCUAUCCUAACUAUUGUUUUUCCUUCUGGUUCAGCAUGUUCAAUACUGUAAACUCCUCUUUAUUAGUUCAACAGUUUUUGAUAGGAUUGGGCUGGGAAGGUAUUAUUGAAAUAAAAUCUUCUGACAUAGACAUGAAUAAAUGGAUCCAAGCAGAAACAAAUAUUACUGUAGAGGAUGCUGGAGACUUUUUUCAACUUGGGCUAACAGCAAUCACGGCAAUUGAUCAAGACAACAUCACUGCACGGGGAAUUGCUAUUGACGAUGUAUCCCUGAGGCAACAAAAAUGUGGGCAACAAAUAAUCACCACACCGCUACCUACAACUACUACGACAGGUUAUCCUCCAACUAAAUACGACUGUGACUUUGAAACUGAUCUGUGCCUCUGGGAGAAUGAUGGCGACUCACUCGCAAAGUGGCAAAUUACAAAGGGGCACUCUAACAUUGAACUUACUCGGCCUAGGAUAGAUCAUACCACACUGUCAACUAGUGGACAUUACAUUAGCUUUUAUACUUCAGAGUAUUUUUCCCCGGCCACAGCUAGACUCUUUACCAAAGAUGGAUUUGAUCCCGAUGAGGAUGGUAUUUGCUUUAAAUUCUGGUACCAUAUGCAUGGCAAUAAACCAGGUACACUGCACGUCAAAGUCCAGAACUUCCACGAUGAAGACUUGGAGGAGACCAUUUGGACAAAGAAGCAGUCUGAAGGACCUACUUGGAAAUAUGAACAAAUACAUAUAGUGAAGGAUUAUUAUUAUAGGCUGGUAUUACAAGGUGUGGGACUACAGAGAACAGACAUUUCUUUGGACGAUAUUUCCGUAAACUUUAAAUCGUGCCCUCCAAGAGACUUUUGUGAUGUAGAGCAAGAUUACUGCGGAUUCUCCCGAGAUCCAGAAGGGGAUUUUCAUUGGCAUAGAGGAAAUGGAUCUCGCACACAUGGUCCUAACAUCGAUCACACCUAUGGUACUUCGUUUGGAAAUUAUUUUUAUGUAGACACCAGCGUACCUACCUCUAAAGGAAAAGUAGCCAGACUCGAAUCUGAACUGUACCAACCUCAAAAGAAGUGCAUGCAGUUCUGGUAUUAUCUAUACGGGGAAAAUGUUGGUACGUUAGAAGUCUUUUUACGAAAUGGCGACAAUAAAGAUAAUAUGUGGAAAGAAUCUGGAGACACCAACGAAAUCUGGUAUGGUUCUGAAGUGAUUCUGAAAGAAGAACUUGCAAUGCCAUACAGCUACAUAUUUCAGGUAACUGCCGGAUCGGCUUUCAAGAAUGGCAAAAUAGCUAUCGACGACAUUGAUGUGAGAUCAGACUGUCCACCUCUGGGUUCUUGCAAUUUCGAAGACGGAAUGUGUCUGUGGACAAACAAUCCUCAGUCUGAUCUUCAGUGGCUUCGAGGAUCAGGACAAAUUACAGAUUCUGCUCCUGAAAAUGAUACUACUUUAGGCACCCAGUUCGGUGUGUACUUGUACGUGCAUCUUAUCAAUCAAUGGAAAUCAAAUCCUUCACCGGCGCGCCUAUUGUCCCCUUUCUUCCACUCCACUCGCUGCAUCAAUUAUUGGAAUUUCCGAAAUGGAAUCGAUUUCGAUGGGGAAUUAAAGAUCUUUUUGUAUGAUGAUGACACGUUCGAAGAGACCAUCGUGCAGCUCUUCAGUCAAGAGAACCUCGGUCGAUGGAAUAACGAACAGCUGCAGAUAAAGAGAAAUGAGAAUGAUGGGAAAUACCAAAUCAUAUUCGAAGCAGAUAUGACCGCAAAAUCUAAUCACUUCAUUGCCAUUGAUGACAUUUCUGUGACUGAGGGUGAAUGCACUCCCAUCGAAGAUAGACCGCCUGACUUUACUUGCGACGGAGGCAAGACGCAUAUAUCUGACGAAUUGCGCUGCGAUUUUUACGUUGACUGUAAAGACGGAACAGAUGAAAAAGAAUGUGGAACUCACUGUGAUUUUGAAGACAAAGUGGCAAAUCCAUGUAACUGGAAAACUACCACCAAAGGUCUUUCUUGGAAUCAGACUCUCGCUAAGGGCACAGAAGAACCCGAUCGAGACCACACUAGAAAUAAUCCAGGCGAAGGUCAUUAUAUGAAAAUUAAAAACCAUGGCAACUACAUAUUCUAUCAUACUCAAGCAGACCUACUCAGCCCGGCUUUGAUUGAGUCUUCACCAUACUGCAGAAUGUUCUUCUGGUACUACAUCAACGUAGUCCUUGAUAACGAAGCAUUGACUGUGUUGUACGAUUCUGGUGAAGAAAGCACCCGAACCAGAUUAUUUCGUUUAGAAGGAGUCAAGGAAAGAACCUGGAUGCGAGCAGAAGUGGUUUUGGGUAGGAUACGAAAACGAUUCCGUGUUGUAAUCAACGGAUAUAAAAGGUCCAAGACUAGUGUUUUUGCUAUUGAUGAUGUAGAUUUCGAAAAUUGUUACUUACCAAGAAAACUAGAUGAACCUCAGAAAUGCGGAGAUGGUGAAUUCCAGUGUGAUAAUGGAAACUGCAUAUCCAACAACCUUGUAUGCGAUUUUGUCGAUGACUGUGGAGAUUUCAGUGAUGAAAACAGGCUCAAAGCUAACUGCGAUCUGUAUCCUGGGCGUUGUGAUUUUGAUGAUAAUAAUUAUUGUAGUUGGAAAAGAACUUCAGAAAGUGAUUAUGCCUGGCAGAUUACAAAAUCGAAUUAUGAUGGUACUUUUAACAAGAUUUUCGUUCUUAGGGACCACACGAAGAAUUCCAAAAAUGGAAAAUUCUUAUAUUUCAGCAAUGAAUAUCGUGCCAAAGGUAACACAGCCCAUUUGUCUUCACUUGUUAUGGAAACCAAAGACGAUACUUGCAAAUUAAGAUUUUUUUAUACAUACGGUACACAUUUUAAUUCCACUAAAUACGACCAAAUAAAAGAUAUCGGUAGUUUGACAGUUUAUGUUAAGACAGACUUAGUGAGGCCUUGGGAACCUGUGUUUGUUGUUCGAGAGCCACCAGGGCAGUAUUACGAAAAAGCUAUUAUAUCUCUGAAAGAUAUUAGAGAUCCAUUCGAAAUUGUUAUUGAGAGCAAAAUAGGCACCAAAUCGUGGUUAGGUGGAUGGGCUGUUGACGAUAUAUCUUUCACAACAGGCUGCGCUGAAUCCGAAAAAACACUACCCAUUAUUCGCGUCGAACCUACACCAACACCAGUCGAAAGUUGCAACGAGGAUGAGUUCUUCUGUAUUUCUGAUCAGAUCUGCAUAAACAUUGAGAAAAUAUGUGAUUUUGUACCCGACUGUUCUGAUUCGUCAGAUGAAUCUAAAUGUGGAACCUGUACUUUCGAUGAUGACAGCAAUCCUACCUGCGGCUGGUAUGACGCAAGAGCAGGAAAAUGGAUAAGAACAACAGGUGUACAAGGUACAAACGGACUCAUUUAUGAUGUUAGUGGAUCUGGAUAUUACAUGUACGUCGCAAAAGAGAGAACAGGAGCAAUCAGUAGUCAGGCAAUGCUUAGAUCCGUUGAUUUUCAUCAAGCUUCAGCUGCUUGUGAAAUUAAGUUCUUCUACUAUAUGUCUGGUAUCAGAAACAAUGAUGCUUCCUUGAAGUUGCAGCUGAAAACAAACAAAAAGCUAGAUAUCAUGUUAUGGAGAGAAAUUUCUGAUCAAGGUCGGAAUUGGCAGAAUGCUACGGUUAGCAUAGGACGAAGAGAAGCAGGAUGGCACUUGGAUUUCAUAGCAACUCAUGUUUUGAGCGAAGGAGAUAUUGCAUUAGAUGAAAUCGAAUUUAUGACAUGCGCACCUCCAGAAAAAAGAAAAUGCGCUAAUAAAGAAGAAUUUGCUUGUUUAAGUGGAGAGUGUGUCAACAAAACAUUGGUGUGCGAUUUCAGCUUAGACUGUCCCGAUGGUUCUGAUGAAACUAAUUGUUCUGAUUAUCUAGAACGAUGUGAUUUUGAAAAAGGUAAUAUGUGCGGCUGGACUCAAGAUGAAAAGGCUACCCAAAAAUGGGGUAUUGACAUCAGGAACAAAACUUGCCGAAGGCACUGUGCCCGAAUAACAAGCACCGCUUUUAUGGCUGACACCUCAGGAAAUUGCCGUUUAAGAUUUUGGAAACAUCUCUACAAACCAUACACGAGCAGUAUCACAGUCUAUCUACAACUAGCAGAUGAUACCCGUCUCAGACAGGUUAAUAAAAUGUAUGGUACAUCUGGAGAUGAAUGGGAAAGGGUUGAAGUGCCACUGAAAAGCAAAUUUAACUUUCACGUAGUCAUAGAAGGUUCUCCUAUCCAACCUCGAGAAAUCUGUAAGAAACUAGGAGAGUUUACUUGCGAUGAUAAUUCUUGCGUCCCUUUUGACGUAGUCUGCGACUUUAAAAUAGAUUGUCCAUAUGGAGAAGAUGAAAAACUUUGCCCUGCUUUUUGUGACUUCGAAUUAGGGUCAACUUGUGGAUGGACUGCUAUUACAAGAGCUGGUGAUGGUGUAGAAGUCAAUGUCACAAUCGCGGAAUCUGCCAAAGAUAUCUCACCAGACGCUCCUGAAGUAGAUAAGACAACUAACAGCAGUCAAGGAUCAUACUUAAUUAUACAUACGAGUUUAGAAACAGAAACUGGCCCCGUAGACGAAUACAAAAGUCCAUCGUUUUCGUCAUCUGCUUCAACUUGCAAAUUUUCCUUAUGGUACGCUUGUAGUAGAAUAUUCAUGAAGCCUUUCAUUACUCUAAACACCGCAAACAAUACAAUAGAUAUGGCUUUAAUUACAGCAUCAAAAACAUGGAAACGUGAAGAAAUUGGUCUCGGACGGCAAACAAGCAACUUCUCCAUCAGCAUUAACAAAAAAUCGGGUAUGGGUCGUUGGGACUACCUAGCAGUUGACGACCUAGAAUUCGUGAACUGUGCUCUUCCCAAGAGAGAAGAGAAUAACUGCUACGGUUUUCGAUGCAAACAAACAAAGGCCUGCGUAGAUUAUUCCCGCAUUUGUGAUGCUACUGACGAUUGUGGUGACUUCACUGAUGAAGAAGAUUGUGCUGGUCAAAACUACCUUGUUACAGACUUCGAGAAUGGGUUUGGUAUAUUCAGCCAAGUCAUGAAUGAGCCCUAUGCACCUCUUUCUUGGACUCUUAAUACAGGCUCAGCUCCUGAUCAUGUGAAUGCGAGGGUUGGACCACCUUUUGACCACAGUCUCUCCAGUCCUGAAGGUCACUAUCUCAGCAUGACGAAGGGUACUGAGGGCGCAAUGAAUGAGAAAGCUUGGAUAAUUUCUGACGUUCUGCAGAGCAUUGCGAAGGGAGAAUGCCAGAUGAGAUUCUAUUACUUCAUGUUUGGAGACAAAGUAAACCAACUCAAUGUAUUUACCAUUACGGAAACAAAAGGACAGUUACAUCGAAAAUGGACUCAAACUGGCAAAGUUGGAAACUUCUGGAUGAGAGGAUCAGUAAUCUUUAACGAAACUACUCUAUUCAAGGUCAUCUUUGAAGGAAAAGCUGGUUUCACUACUCCUGAUUUGAUUGCAAUUGAUGAUAUAUCUUUCACCCCAGGAUGCAAGCACUUAAAGGGAGUGACGCUUCCUCCUGUCACAGUAACAGGCCUUGGUUCAACAACCACGCCUAUGCCUACUGGUUGUAAAGCUGAUGAAUUCUUCUGUGUGGAAGAUAAAGUAUGCAUCCCUGCAGUCAAAAGAUGCGAUUUCCGUGAAGAUUGUCAAGAUAAAAGUGAUGAAGCUGGUUGUGUCAAAAACUACUGCAACUUCGUUGACAACUUGUGUGGUUGGAAAGUACUCCAUAAGAAGAAAAACGUAACGAGAGCGAAGCGACAAGUUGACGAAGAAAGUGCAUUUAGAUGGAUUCGCAUUCAAGCAAAGGACAAACAUACAAAAGUCAAUCUAAACUAUCGACCCAAUGUUGACCAUUCUACCAACUCAACUGAUGGAUGGUACAUGCUGGCAGAUGCUGCACCGGGACGGCAAGGAGAUGUUACGUCGCUUGUAACUCCCAAGAUUUCUGCUACGCAUUCCCACUGUGCUCUCGAUUUCUGGAUUUACUGUGGAAUGUGGUCAUGCUCGUUAAAUCUUUACGCUGGCAAAGAUGGCACAAAUCUAAAACCUAUAUGGAAAGCAGAAACAGCUAUGUAUGGAAAAAGCUACAGCAAGAACUGGAUGCAUGCCAAAGCUCAUAUCAGCGCAUUAACAGAUUAUCGAGUGCGAUUUGAUACUGUUCGCCCCUACAGUUACAUCAGCGCUGUCAGCUUGGACGACAUUCGAUUUCAGGAAUGCGCUCCACCACUUACAAGAAUUUGCGUUGCGAUUACAAUGAUGACUGCGGUGAUUUCAGCGAUGAAAAGGAUUUCGUGUGUCAGGCGUACCCUGCCCGCUGUAACUUCGAAGGUGCCCCGUGCGCACUGGAACUUGGAGCAAGAUGGUCGUGCUGCGUGGGGUAUCGAAACCGGCAAGGCCACACAACUCGGCAAAACGCCUUCCACCGACCACACUACAAGAACUGCUGCAGGCAAAUACCUGACAGUUGAGUCUGCAAACCGCAAUGGGAAGCCCAGAAUAAGAUCUGAUACAAUAGAUGGUGUCUCCAAGGGUUGCAAGGUGCGUUUCUGGUUUAAUACAAUAUUCUCGAAUAACCUGCUGCGACUGUACAAGAGAGUGAAUUACAAUGCAAACGGUAUGGAAUUCCUGAAAGAAUUUUCAACUGAUAUCAAUGACUUCUGGCACCGAGCUGAACUGGAAAUUGGUGGUAACGCUGGACAAGACUAUCAGAUCGUGAUAGAAGCAGUAUUAUCAGGAAAGUAUGGCAGCGUUAACAUUGACGACAUAUCCUUGACGCCAGAAUGUCAUCUUGCACCAGGACGGGAUAUACCUGGAACACCUACUAUUCCGCCUCCUAUAGAUGACUGUGCUCCUGAAAAGUUUUCUUGCAGGAAUAAGAAGUGUUACACUCAUCUCCAAAGGUGCAAUUUCAUAGAUGAUUGCGGCGAUGGGACCGACGAAGAGGAAUGCGGUACUUCUUGUGAUUUCGAAAAUGGGACGUGUGGUUGGUUUAAUGCAUUUGGUCAUAAAGGAAAAUGGACAGUUAAACAGGGAAAGAACGGUUAUAUAAAAACAGAUCAUACAACAGGGACCGGAGAAGGUCAUUACUUGACCCCCGUGAGUUUCAUGAAUGAAAUAUCUCAAUUACACUCAAAGCCUUAUUUGAUUUCUGGAGCCAACUGCAAGAUAUCGUUCUGGUAUUACAUGGACGGUUACAAGCCUGGUACGCUUUCCGUUAUGAUUCUGCAUAGCAAGAAGAGUAACAAGAUCCAAGUAAUGUGGAAAGAAUCUGAACCUCAGGGAGAAGAAUGGAAAGAACAAAUCAUCAACAUCAGAACUCAAGAACAUUUCAGCGUAGUUUUCGAGACAGCAAUGGGAAUCAGUUUUCAAAGAAUCUUAGCUAUUGAUGAUAUAACGUUUAUAACGUGCGCCUCAACCCAUCCACCGGUCGAAUGCUCUAGUGAUGAAUGGAUGUGUCAAGAUAAGUUAAAAUGCAUCAAAGUUUGGGCUCACUGCGACGGAAAAUAUGAUUGUGCGGAUAAGUCUGAUGAAUAUAAGUGUGAACCUCAAUAUGGCGACUGCAACUUUAAUUCUGAAAACUGGAUGGACAAAUGCGAAUGGAUGUCAAAAGAACUGGAAUUUGAGUGGUCUAGGGCGAAGGAAGGCCGAAGUUCCAAAACUGGCCCCGAAAGAAACCAGAAUCCCAGACAAGAAGGUUAUUUCCUAUACAUUGAUUCCUCCAAGGCUUCAGAAGGCGACCGUGCUGGUAUCCUGACACCAACAUUCAAAGCCAGUGAAGGCAAAUGCCAUCUCCGUUUCUGGUACUUCAUGAAAGGGUCUGAGACACUGGGGAAAUUAGAGGUUCACAGCGAAGGCGAGAAUGGACAGGUAUUUCCACUGUGGGUCAAGUCUGGUCCUCAAGGUGACAAAUGGUUGUACGCCUACGUUGCAGUUGGCAAUCACCAGCCAUACAGAAUUGGUUUCAUUGCCUAUAGAGGUGGUGACAACGAAACAGACAUAGCCAUCGAUGAAGUUAAAUUCACACAUGGAUGCGCUGAAGGAGGUGAGGCAAUUGUACCAACUGGGCCAACAUCCUUGUGUGGCAAAGGUGAGUUUACGUGCAGGUCUGGAACGCAAUGCAUACCUGAAGAAUGGAGAUGCGACUGUGCCUACGACUGCGAUGAUGGAAGCGAUGAAGAGAACUGUCCAAUUCAGUGCUUCACUACAAGACCUCCCAAGCCUCCCAGCAGCAUCGUGCCGUAUACAGAGCCCACGGGAACUCCAAUACCCCAGAAACAUUGUCCUGAAGGCUAUAAACUCUGCGGUGAUGGCGAAACAUGCAUCCCGGGUCUUCUGCUUUGCGAUGGAAUUCUAGAUUGUCCAGACGGUUCGGAUGAAAAGUACGGAUGCGGAAAUGCACGGCUAUGUACAGAAAAGUUCUACUUCUGCAUGGAUCGGGCUCAUCCUCCCUGUGUGGCGAGAGAGAAGCUGUGUGAUGGAGUAAACGACUGCUCUGAUGGAUCCGAUGAAAGCAUUUGUGACAAAUGCCCGGUAACCUUCUGCCGAAAUGGAGGAAACUGCUCCAUUAUUAAGCGGGCUCCCAUUUGCCAAUGCAAACCUGACUAUGCUCAGAACAGAUGCAGUAAUGAAAUUGUGACACCAGAUUUGGAAGAGAGAAUACAGCAUUCCGAGGGUCAUGUCGGCUGGAUCGUCGGUACAGUUACUGGAACUAUUCUCUUCAUAGCAAUUCUGUUUAUUAUAUGGUACAGGAGAAAUACAAACGCUUCAGAACAAAGACUAAUACAGGGCAUGGUAGACAAUCCAGUGUAUGGUCUAAACUUAGAUACAUUAACUUUGGGUGAACCCAUUACGCACAGGUCAAUCAAGCAUGACGACGGUGCUGGAGCGACGGGAAUAGAAAAUCCAUUGUAUGCUUCUAAGUCGGACCUCAAAUGAGAGAUAAAAGGAUUCCAGACUUCUUUCAAAUCAUAUUACACCUAUUUUUGCACGAAAGUCGAACUUUGUCAUAAUUCAUAAUUUAAUAUGUAUUUCAUGUAUAUUACCAAUGUACAGCUAAAUGAGCUUCAGCUGAGAUAAAGCUAUGGUUUGUUUGGAAUUUAUUCAGUCAUCAUGUAAAAAAUCACUGCAUAGUUUAUUUAAAUAAAUUACUUACUUCUUA